AUGGCGCCGUAUCCAGGGUCUGAUGCAGACUAUUUUAGGGACAAGGCGCGUAGGGAUUUGUUAACUCUCCUUGAAGGCGUACGUGGUAAGAAAAACCUUGUCGUCAGUCAGGAUCUGGCUGGUCCAGUCGGGCUGUUCGUCAAGUUCUCGCUGCUCCAGGAAUACGGUGUAGAUCGCGUGUUCCUGCUCGAGAAUGGCAACGUGGACUCCUCUCAGCGCAACGUCGUCUUUCUAGUCCACGCGGAAAAGAUACGCCAGGUGCGGGCCGUGGCAGUAGAUUACGCAGAUCUAUCUUCCACUCUACGUAGUCAGUCAAAAGAUCCCAACAUAGAGAGAUUUGUAUACAGCUCAUCUCAAGGCCUUCUUUCAAGUCACGACCGAUUGAAUGCCAUCAAACAGAUCCAGCGUCUUCAGCGCAACGGCAAUGUUGAACAUGAACUCUCCAUAUUUUGGGUUCCGAGGCGGACCCUUGUAAGCAAUUCCAUCCUUGAAGAAGCCGGCAUUAUAGGCGACGUGAAUAUUGCCGAAUUCCCACUGUACUUCGCUCCUUUGGAGCAAGAUGUGCUCUCCCUGGAGCUAGAAGACUCCUUUGGUGACUUGUACCUGCACAAGGAUCCGGCAUGUAUCUUCCACUCCGCGAAAGCCCUCAUGGACAUCCAGCAGAGACAUGGCUACUUCCCUCGUAUCAUUGGCAAGGGUGACCAUGCCCGACGCCUUGCAGACCUCCUACUGCGGAUGAGAAAGGAGCUUGAUGCUGAAGAGAGCUCGGGUCUUGCUGGAGUCUCUGCUAGAGGCCUUCUUCCUAGCGCAAGCACUGAAAGCCUCAUCAUCAUUGAUCGCGAAGUCGACUUUGGGACUGCGCUACUGACACAACUGACCUACGAAGGAUUGAUCGAUGAGACAGUGGGCAUCAAGAAUAACCAAGCAGAUGUGGACACCUCUAUCGUCGGGCCUACGGCAGUGCCUCAGGCUCAGGAGUCUUCUAAAGCACCCCAGCAAUCUUCAAAACAAGGACAGAAGCGGAAAGUCCAGCUGGACUCCUCCGACCAACUCUUCAGCCAGCUGCGUGACGCCAACUUUGCCAUCGUAGGUGAUAUAUUGAACAAGGUUGCACGCCGUUUGGAAAGCGACUACGAAAGCCGGCAUGCCGCCAAAACUACCUCCGAGCUCCGCGAGUUCGUUAACAAACUUCCCACUUAUCAACUGGAACAUCAAAGUCUCCGAGUCCAUACCAACCUUGCCGAAGAAAUCAUGAGAACCACUCGCUCAGAUAUCUUCCGCAAGAUCCUCGAAGUCCAGCAAAACAACGCCGCGGGCGCCGAUGCUACAUACCAUCACGACGCCGUCGAGGAGCUGAUCGCUCGCGAUGUUCCUUUGAAGACCAUUCUCCGUCUGCUCUGUCUUGAAUCGUGCAUGUCCGGUGGUCUCCGUCCCCGCGACCUCGAAAACUUCAAACGCCAAAUCAUCCAAGCUUACGGCCAUCAACACCUUCUUACCUUCUGGGCUCUCGAAAAAAUGGAACUUCUUCAGCCUCGUUCUUCCGCCACCACCAUGCUCCUCCCUACCGCUGGCGCCCAGACAGGCACUAAGACCAACUACGGCUACCUCCGCAAGAACCUCCGACUGGUCGUCGAAGAGGUUAGCGAAAAGGACCCUAAUGACAUUGCAUACGUCUAUAGCGGGUUCGCCCCUCUCAGCAUCCGUCUCGUUCAAUGUGUUCUACAGAAACCGUACAUUCUUUCGCUUGUCAGAGGUGGACCUGUCACUGCUGCAACACCUAGCCCUGCGAGCGCCUCGUCCCCAGGAUGGCUUGGUUUUGAGGAUGUAGUGAAGAGUGCUCGUGGUGCUACGUUCAGCAUUGUACAGAAGGGUGACGACAAGGCAAUCAGGGCGCGGCAGACAAUCAGUGGAAAUAAUGCGAUCAAGACCGUUUACGUUUUCUUUUUGGGUGGAAUCACAUUCACAGAAAUUGCGGCGUUGAGGUUUAUUGCGGCGCAGGAAGCUCCCAGGCGGAAGAUUGUGAUUUGUACGACGAGUCUUAUCAAUGGUGAUCGGAUGAUGGAUGCUGCGAUCGAGAAGGGGAAUUUUGCGAAGCUGGAGUGAAGGGUAGUAGAGACUUAAUGUUAGCGAAUGAUAAUAUCAAUUCCAC